CUCCCCCACUCCUUAUGGAACCCCCUCCCCCCUCCCCUUAGGAGACACCUUUGGACAAUUAUUUGGUCGCGUGUAUUUUUAGUCCUCUGACUGAUAACAUACGAUUGAAAUUAUCAACCACUAUUGACUUUGCCACCUGUUUCAGUCUUGAAUCGUUCGAGAAUUCCCGAUCGUUCGCUCCCGCCCAAUGUCCAGCCACUGUUGGUCCAGGAGCUGCAUUCAUGACCUCUCGGCUCGACACAUUUACUGUUGAACCUUCUUAGCGCCGAUGCGCACAGUUGCCUGUUGAAACAGCGACAAGCAUUCUCCCGCGGCCUAAUCCCAUCUCCUGAUCGUGAUAAUCGAUCGGACCGCCGUCAAUCCCCUCCCUUCGUCAAUUCUAUCUUCCCACAUUCCGGUCCAAGAUGUUCUCCCAACGGCGCAUGCGACUGCUGGUCAUUGCCGUGCUGGUGAUCUCCGGCGUGACCUGGUACUACUCGAGCGACGCGCGGAGUAUCCAGAACCAGCAAUUCUACCGCUCGACUGUGGCCGCCAUGGAUGCCCGCAAGCAGGUCAAGGAAGCCGAGGCCGCCGCGGCUAACAUUCCCGCAUCGAACCGCAACCCGGUCAAGGAAGACACCAAGCAUCCCAUGACCGAUGACAAGAUUGCGCCGGCGAUCCCCAAGGCUCAACCGGUGGACCAAGUAGAAGAGAUCUCCAUCGCGGGACGGACGAAGAUGACCGUGGCGAAGAAACCGGAGGGGGUAGAGGAGGAAAAGAAGAAGCAGUUCCAACAGCAGCAGCAGCAGCAACCGCAGCAGGCAGAAGCAGAGGAAGCCGAGACGGAGGCGCAUGCGCAUGCUGUGGCUGAGUUGAAUGAUAUCCUGAAACGGGCACCUAUCAUCAUCUUCUCCAAAUCCUACUGCCCUUACAGCGCCAAAGCCAAGUCCAUCCUAGUGGACAAAUACUCCAUUACCCCUGCGCCCUUCGUCGUGGAGUUGGACCAACACCCCCGUGGCCGCGAAUUGCAGGGCGUUUUGGCCGAGACUACCAACCGUCGAACUGUUCCCAAUGUGCUGGUCAACGGUAAAAGUAUCGGGGGUGGUGACGACGUGACGGCCCUCGACGAGAGCGGCAAAUUGACAUCGACCUUGAGAGAAUUGGGUGGUAAGUGGGUCCAGGAAGUCCACCGUAAGGAAUGAAGCCACUGGGCACUACUUGUCGAUUGACUAAGGCAUCUGGACUUGAUCCAUUUGCGACAUGUAUGGGAUUGGAUGUUUCACGAUCCGCGUUGAACGGCGCCGCCAAAAGGGUUUUUUUUUCGAUCGUACAGAGACAUUACGAGGAUAUUUGAGGGCGAGCUUUGGGGAUUUUAUGCCAUUUUUCUACGUACAUAGUUGAAAGCAUCCGAUGAUAUGGAUGAUUAAUCAUAAUUUCAUAGCAUGUUCAUUCGGGC